AUGGACUGGCACAGCACCUCCAAGGACGUCUUGGAGUUCCUCCUGACGCCCUCAACACCCGUCAUCGUCAUCGGCCUGGCCACCGUCCUCCUCUUCCCCAUCUUCCUCCACUGGCUGCUCUCCCGCUCGACCGCCUACAUCACGCUGCCCUCGGUCCUCAUCGCAGGCCCGCCCGGCGCCGGCAAGACCGCCCUCGUCACGCGCCUCGAGCGCCGCAGCCCCAAGCCUGCCGACACGUAUACCUCGCAGACCGCCAACGUUGUCGAGCUGGCCGUCAACGAGGACGGCACCUCGAGCUACACGGACGACCUCGACGCCUCGGGCGCCGUCGCCAAGAAGUUUUUGGCCGUCGACACCCCGGGCCACGGCAAGCUGCGCGGCGCCACGCUGGCGCGCCUGUCCCACGCCGCCUCGUCCACGGCCGCCGCCGAGAAGACCAAGGUCAAGGCCGUCGUCUACAUGGUCGACGGCGCCGCGCUCAGCGAGGACGGCGGACUGGCGGCGGCUGCGUCGUACCUGUACGACAUUCUCCUGGCCCUCCAGAAGCGCAUGAGCAGCACCCCCUCGUCCAAGGCCCCGCCCGGCAUCCCCGUGCUGGUCGCGGCCAACAAGGCGGAUCUCUUCACGGCGCUGCCUGCCGCGCUGGUCCGGACACAGCUCGAGGCCGAGCUGGGCCGCAUCCGGUCGACGCGCAGCAAGGGCCUGCUGAGCAGCAACGUGGGCGCCGACGACGUGGACAGCACGAACGAGGCGGACGAAUGGCUGGGCGAGUAUGGGUCCAAAACCUUUCAGUUCUCACAGAUGCGCGAGUUCGACACCGAGGUGGACGUGAUUGCAGGCAACGUGGCAGGUGCUGAGGGUGCAGGCCCGGGCGUCGACAAGUGGUGGACGUGGAUUGCCAGCAAGGUAUAA